AUGGCGCGCCGAAAACAGGUCGCUCCGACGCAACGCGUCAAUUCCGGGGAGAUUAUGCAGUCUCUCUCAAACGAACCCGACCAGCGCGCAGUCUACGGCAAUGGACAUGUCUCCGAACCGGCUUCACCGAGAAAGAGAAGGCAUUCCCAUGCAAAAUCCUCUCCUGGGAUUCUGACGCUCCUUAUAUGUGUUUCGGGCAUCUAUGCCUCUUUCUUAACAUGGGGUCUCCUUCAGGAGCGUAUCACGACCACUCCAUAUCCGGUCGACGAGGCGGCGCAGGCGCCGCAAGAAUAUUUCCGCUUUCCCAUCGUGUUGAAUACGAUUCAAGCGUUCUUUGCCUUCUUGAGCGGAAGUCUUUAUCUGCUCUACAAAACGAAAUCAUUUAAGAUUCUUCCUUCGACCGCCGCCCUGGGACCACUGCUCCUGGUAGCGUUGACUACCACUCUUGCCUCUCCCUUCGGAUAUGCCUCACUCGCCCACGUCGAUUAUCUUACGUUCGUCCUUGCUAAAUCGUGCAAGCUUCUCCCUGUCAUGGCCCUCCAUGUCACGCUGUUCCGCAAGCGCUACCCACUCUCGAAAUAUGUUAUCGUGCUUGCAGUCACCGCGGGUGUUGCGUUGUUUACACUCUAUCACCCACCGAAACCUGGCAAGCAACGGAAGACUCAGGCCUCGAGCACCUAUGGCCUGACUUUGUUGGGAAUAAAUCUUCUUUUCGAUGGCCUUACCAAUACUGUGCAAGAUCACAUCUUCCAAUCUCCACAUCGCUACGGCAAGACUACAGGGCCUCAAAUGAUGGUCAUUUUGAAUCUACUGGGCACUUUGAUCAUGACAUUAUAUCUUGUCGUGACGCCAUAUAUUCCACCAUCCCUGCUCCCCGCGUUCGCCCAACCCAGUGAAACCCAUGAGUUGGCCAGUGCUUUGGCUUUCUUUAGCAGACAUCCUACAGUCUUCUACGAUGUGCUGGGUUUCGCAGCUUGCGGCGCGGUUGGCCAGCUCUUCAUCUACGCGACUUUGGAGCGGUUCUCAAGUUUGCUUCUUGUGACGGUGACGGUGACUCGCAAGAUGCUUACGAUGGUCCUGAGCGUGGUCUGGUUCGGUAAAAGUUUGAGCCAUGGCCAAUGGAUGGGUGUGGCGCUCGUCUUUGGGGGGAUCGCUGCCGAGGCAUACAUCCAACAUCGGGAGAAACAAGAAAAGGAACGCCACAAGCGGCACAAUAUGGACAGCCAUAAACACAAAUAG